UUCACGGAAAUGACGUCAAUUCGUGGUCGUCCUUUCCAGAAAAAAUGGCAGCUGUUGACAUCGACGUGCCGGUGGAAACAGAGCAGCAGCUCCGCAACCACGAUGACCUGGAACGUCAGGCUGAAGGCUUCAAAGAGCAAGGGAAUCUAUUCUACAGCAAGAAGGAUUACUCUGAGGCUUUCAACUAUUACACAAAGGCCAUUGAUGCAUCUCCCAAAAAUGCCAGUUAUUAUGGAAACAGGGCGGCCACCCUCAUGAUGCUCUGUCGCUUUCGAGAGGCACUAGAAGACUCCCAGCAGGCUGUGCGUUUGGAUGACUGUUUCAUGAAGGGGCAUCUACGUGAAGGCAAGUGCCACCUUUCUUUGGGAAAUGCCAUGGCAGCAAGUCGCUGCUUUCAGAAGGUUCUGGAACUGGAGCCCAGCAACAGAGAAGCCCAGCAGGAGAAUAAGAACGCAACAACACUGCUGGAGUACGAGCGAAUGGCAGAUUUUGGCUUCGAAAAGCGGGAUUUCAGAAAGGUGGUGUACUGUAUGGACCGGGCCUUGGCUUUGGCUUCUGCCUGCCAUCGCUUCAAAAUCCUUAAGGCAGAGUGUCUUGCUUUGCUGGGACGCUACCCUGAAGCCCAGUCUGUUGCAAGUGACAUCCUGCGAAUGGAUUCCACAAAUGCAGACGCAUUGUACGUCCGAGGACUGUGUCUUUACUACGAGGACUGCAUCGACAAAGCAGUACAGUUCUUUGUCCAGGCUCUGCGCAUGGCACCUGACCAUGAAAAGGCGCGACUAGCCUGCAGGAAUGCCAAAGCCUUAAAAGCCAAGAAGGAUGAGGGCAACCAGGCAUUUAAGAGCAGCAGCUAUGAAGCCGCCUACCAGCUGUACACUGAGGCGCUGACGAUAGACCCCAACAACAUCAAGACCAACGCUAAACUCUACUGCAACAGAGCCACGGCAGGAGCAAAGCUGAAGAAACUUAAUCAAGCCAUUGAAGACUGUACCAGUGCAAUCAAACUAGAUGACACUUACAUCAAGGCCUACUUAAGAAGAGCUCAGUGUUACAUGGACACAGAGCAGUAUGAAGAAGCUGUGCGGGACUAUGAAAAAGUUUAUCAGACUGAAAAAACCUCAGAUCACAAGCAUCUGCUGAAGACGGCACAGAUGGAGCUGAAGAAAAGCAAACGGAAAGAUUACUACAAGGUGCUGGGGGUCGGCAAGAACGCCACAGAGGAUGAGAUUAAAAAAGCUUACCGCAAACGCGCCCUUAUGCAUCACCCAGACCGCCACAGUGCAGCGACUCCAGAAGUGCAAAAAGAGGAGGAAAAGAAAUUCAAAGAAGUGGGUGAGGCCUUCACUGUCCUGUCCGACCCGAAGAAGAAGAUCCGCUAUGACAACGGGCACGACCUGGAAGAUGAUGGCUGCUUUGAUGGUGGAGACUUUGAUGCAAACAACAUCUUCAGGGCUUUCUUUGGUGGCCAUGGUGGAGGAUUUAGCUUCGAUUCCAGUCCAGACUCUGGUCCUGGUAAUUUCUUUUUCCAGUUUGGUUAAAGCAAAGGAGCGUGUGGGGAAAAUGCAGCCCUGCAGAGAAAAAAAAUCAAGUUGGACCCACAGUCACUUCACGAUGCUCAAACUCCUGAGUGCAACGUCUCCCCACUAUUCUUUCUCAGCAGGUCUCUGAUUAUUGCGUUCCCUCUUAAAUUUUCUCCCUACAUUGAUGCUAACGGACACUGGGAAGGAUAAUUCAGAGAUUUUAGUGAUUUAACAUAUUUAAGUACUUCUUUUUGAAGAGAUUUGGAUCAGCUGAUCAGACCAUGUUUCUUUUGCCAAAACUAACUUUUAUGAUGAUUUGAAAUCUAAUCUUAGAAAACUGCCUAAGCCAUCAUAAAGGUGAUCAGUAGUGAGGACUUUUAAAGGAAUGAUGGUUGGCUAUUUUUAAAGGACAUAAUGUAUACGUCUUUAAGGCUCCCCUAGGCAUGUCUCCAUCGAGCAAGAGUCAGUGUGCUGUGGAAGUUCAAUGUCAAAACUGACCUCAGGACAGUGUUUAGGACAACGCUGUUCUCUUGCGAGUAUGUGUCCAGGUUCUAUUGGCUCACUUGCCAAAUAUAGUAUCGACUUGCAGGGUUUUUCUUUCUUCUCCAUGCUGCGUUGUAUAUUUGACUCGAAUGUAAAGCAUUAUGUGUUCAAACAUUUUUCUUCGGUCUUCCCUCAGUCUGUGUAUAUUUAUUGUACUGUAUAUCCCAAAAUGUAUGCAGCAGAAUGCCAGUGGUCUUUGUCUUCCUCCGUUUUUUUUAAAGAAACUCAUUUGUAAAUGUUUUCCAUGUUGUCCUCUUCACUCUCAAAUAAUUUUCUAUGAAACAGACCAAAAUCAGAAUCCAUUUACAGAUUUUUUUUUCUGCUGAAAGCAAUUUGACAAACACUCACUUCGACUGAACACCAACCACACAUCUGUUCUACUGUUCCAGUUCAAAUUCAUCCAAAAGUGGUGCCUUAAAAGAAUCAGUAAAGCUUCUUACAGUGAAACCUACAUCAGUCGCUGUAGAGCAAAUUGCAUCCUAAUUGAAAAAGGCAGCAUUAUAGCAUUUUUUUGUUUUGUUUUUAUUCUUUGUGCUGUUCCAUAGAAAAACAUUGUCAUGUCCCGCCAGUAAACAAAAUGAAAUUUUUGCAGUUGAGAUCAUCAUCAUGUCUAAAAGGAAAGACUUAAAUUUGAUUUAAUGCCAUCAGUCACGCCUAGCUGUGAUCCUCCUAUCCUUGUCAUGCACAUUGGUCAGUACAACCCUUCCCCUACUCGCUCCACCUGUUCACAGGGGCGCUGAUAGUAGGGCAGAAGUUUCUGUUGUCAAUUGUUCUGUCACUGAUCUAUGUAUCAUUUUUAAAACUUGUUACAGUAUUAACAAGACACGCUUUUUUAAAUUGUGAAAAUAAAGGCUCGUCUUUUACUGUA